AUGCUCAUUGGCGUCUGCGGCAGUAUCUGCUCCGGCAAAAAGACGGUGGCCCAGUAUCUGGUUGAGCACCAUGGCUUCAAACACCUUUACCUUCAGCCACCAUCGCUGCCCGCGCCGUUCAAUUCCUCUCUAGACACAGAAUCCGCUUCUUCCGAGGAUAACGACACGGAAGCGCCGCCUCAGUCCCGAUCAGCCGGCACCACGGCAUUCAAAGGCGCCCUGUCUUCAACGGCGCUCACUACAAAAAAUGGUAACCAGUCUUCCCCCGAAACCACAUUGACCCUCCGGGAUGGCCCGCAGCAUGUCUUCUCAACGGCGGAGGAGCUACUUGAAUUCGUGACGAAGCGAUGGCGCAGCCGCUUUGUGAUUACCGACAUCCCCACAGAGGCUGUUCUCGAUGUCUUCCUCCGCCGACCUUUUUUCUUGCUUAUCUCUGUCGACGCACCAUUGACGGUCCGUUGGCGCCGGUUCCAGAACCGAGCAAGGGAAACGCAUGCGGGAGGGUCUGACAUGAGUCUAGAAGACUUUGUUACAGAAAGUGACACUCACCUGUACGAUGCUCAGAAGGGCUUGUCUCCUCUUAUCUCGCGUGCAGUAGUAAGACUUCUCAACACAUCGUCGUCUCUAGCUCACCUCUACGCAACCCUUGGAAAGCUAGAUAUCCCGAAUCCCGAUCGUCUACGCCCGGGUUGGGAUACUUACUUCAUGGAGUUGGCAUCUCUGGCUUCGCUACGGUCCAACUGUAUGAAGCGUAGGGUCGGAUGUGUGCUCGUUGGUAAAGAGCGCAGAGUUAUCAGCACGGGCUACAACGGAACUCCAAGGGGACUGCAAAACUGCACCGAAGGAGGUUGUCCCAGGUGCAACGACGGCAACAGCUCAGGCGUGGGUUUAUCGACCUGUCUGUGCAUCCACGCCGAGGAGAACGCCCUCUUGGAGGCGGGACGAGAGAGAAUACGCGAAGGGUCUAUCCUCUACUGCGAUACUUGCCCCUGCCUUACGUGCAGCAUCAAGAUCUGUCAGGUGGGCAUCAGCGAGGUUGUCUACGCUCACACGUACAGCAUGGACAGUGACACAGCCCGGGUGUUUAGGGAGGCAGGCGUGAAGCUGAGACAGUUCAUACCACCCCCAAAUGGUCUGAUUCACCUCGAGAAGAUGGAACUCUACUAG